UAUGAAUGAUUAUGAAUACUUACAACAAAAUUACCAACCCUUGCUAUAUAUAACACACUCAGCGAAAUUGUUAAAUUUACCACAAGAAACUAUCUGCGUCGCUAAAGCUCUUUUUCAUAAGUUCUAUGCCGCCCGAAAUAUUUACGUUUUUGAUCCUUACCUGGUUGGAAUGACUUCGCUUUACCUGGCGAGUAAAAUCAAAGAGGACCUUUGCAAAAUCAGAGAUGUAAUCACAACUUGUUUUAGAGUUCUCCACCCCGAAGUGCCGUUUCUCAAGAUUGGAACGGAGUAUUGGCUACUUCGUGAGAGCGUUGUCAAGUGUGAAAUGAUACUGCUCCGCACUCUCAACUUUGAAAUCUGCUUUGAUUUGCCUUUCGCCUACUUCUUCAAUUUCUGCAUCUCCAUUGUUUCUUCUGUCGUCAACGCCGAAAAAUGGAUUGUGUCAGUGGCGCAGCUCGGAUGGAUGCUUCUUAAUGAUUGCUUCUAUGUCAGACUGUGUACCAGUUAUUCAGCCUUUGAAAUAUCCGGCGGCUGCCUUUUCUUUGCACUCGAAGUUCUAAACUUGACCUCCGAAUGCGUUAUCACGAAAAACGAGCCGAAAUUCGAGCUCUACACUAUAUUCGAUUUUUUUUCUCUAAGCGAAAGUACCUGCAAAGCAAUAUGCGCCUCAUUAUUGAUCCUCUAUGAAACGCAAGACCGCCUGUCGACCCAAUAAACUCGCCUUACACAAAGUACACCGUUAUAAUAUGUUUAUGAGGCCCCCACGUGCCGACUUCACGUGUUUAU